UAUGGUAAUCUAUUUAUUUUAUUCUAUAGUCUGGAAUUGCCAAGAGUGCAAAGGGUGGAAAAGGUGGAAAAGGAGGAAAAGGAGGAAAGUUUGGAUCUGGUAAGAAUAAGAAGACUCCUCAAUCUAGGUCUUUGAAGGCUGGACUCUAAGUAUAUAUUUUUGUAAUUUUUAGUUCCCUGUUGGUCGUAUUCAUCGAUAUCUUAAGCAAAGAGUAUCUGCUAAAAACAGAGUAGGAACCACAUCAGCAGUUUAUACAUCAGCAAUUUUGGAAUAUUUAACAGCAGAGGUGCUUGAGUUAGCAGGAAAUGCAUCAAAAGACUUUAAAGGUGAGAAAAAAUCAAUAUAAUUUUUUAGUCAGAAGAAUAACUCCAAGACAUUUACAAUUAGCUAUUAGAGGAGAUGAAGAGCUUGAUAUUCUUAUCAGAGCAACAAUAGCUGGUGGUGGUGUUAUUCCUCAUAUUCACAAAGCCUUAUUAGGAAAAUAAACACCUGAAGGUGGUUAACCAAAAGAAUGAA